GAUGAGCCGGUUUUUGUGCGGGAUUAGUUACGGAACCUCGCUUUCCUCUCCUGGCGAAUAACGUCAUUAUAAUAUGUGUCAAUAACGUUGUCGUCGUAGAGUCUGGGCGUAGUAGCGUUGUAGGGAACUGAAUAAUGUAAGAUAAAGCCACUAAAAAAAUGCAUUUCGUCCUCCGCACGUGCACCACGGGGCCUCGGGACCGUCCGGCUCACAACACACGACUUACAAGUGUUCUACUGCCCUGGCUCGCUAAAAGGAGGCUUGCAGGCUGCGGCAAGAGCGUGGUUACGGGAUCUACGGCAAGAGCGGCCAGUGGGCUUGGGUAUUUCUGAAUUAACCAUGUCGUUCCCGGACAAGGCGGCCCGCCAGGUCUGCUGGGACGCCCGGGACCAGUUCUGGGCGUGUCUGGACACCCACGGCGAGGACGCCACGCCCUGCAAACACCUCCGGCAGCUGUACGAGAAGGGCUGCCCCAGCUCGUGGGUGAAGCACUUUGACCGGAAACGAAGCUACCUGAAAUUCAAGGACAAAAUACAGAACGAAGGGCUUGAGGUGGCUGCCGAGCCGGCGCCGGUCGCACCGGCCCCGCUUCUCAGCGCCCCGCCGGCGCCCAGUCGGAGGCACCGCGUCUACCGGGAGCUGGUGCCGCCAUAGCGCUGCCAUCGCCGCCGCCGCCGCCGCCCACACUGUGAUACCAGCCCGCCGGCCGCGCCGCGGCGGCAGGGUGACGCCGGUGGCCGGCCGAGACCGGCGUCCGACCGAGCUGGAGCGCAGGCUCGCCGCUGGGCGGGGGCAGCGCCC